AUGCUCGUGAACAAAAAGGACUUCAAGUACAUCACGAUCGAACCAAAAAUCCACGAAGUCGAUGAUCUGUGUUUUCCACCAAUUCUGCUAUCAAAGCUGCCGCCAUUUCCCGCCGGUAAUUGGAACUAUGGCCGCAUCUCGCAGGCAGCGGAGAACGCGACGACGUUCUUCGCAGAGACCUCCAGGAAAGACUUUCCCUCAAUCACGCCUCUAUGGCAUGCAAAGUCCUACGACUACUUAUCCUUCAAGAUCGGACAGCGACUGAGGGCAAAUGUCUACGUGGCAUCUUCUCCGCAAUUCAGGAAACCAAUAAUCGCCAAAUUUGCAAGAUUCGAGUGGGAAAUAGGAUACUAUAUCACUGAGACUCAAGCUUAUUCGUGGAUAGAUGGCAGCAGUAUCGGCCCAGAGUUCUUAGGAUACCUGACUGAAGAUGGCUGGGUUAUUGGGUUCCUCAUCGAAAACGUUGAUGGCCGCCACGCUACCAUCUCGGACCUUCCUGCCUGCAAGGCUGUUGUUAGACAACUGCAUGGAUUGGGUAUCCUUCACAAGGAUCUAAAUAAGCACAACUUUUUGAUUUCGGAAGGGGGUGCUGUUCUUAUCGAUUUUGAGACAGCAGAGCGAUCGGAUGACAGUGAGGCCAUGGAGGCGGAACUAAGGGGGUUGGAGGAACAGCUGUUAGAUGAGUCAGGUAUUGGUGGGGUAAUUCUGGACGAGGAGGAGAAGGAGACUUAA